CAACCGGAAAUGUUUGUUUAUUUUUCACACAAUAUUAAAAUGUUGCUUGCUUGUUAGCUAUCCAAAUAUAUCUGUAAAAAGGUGUCUUGUUGGAAUAAAAUUGGAAAAACAUGAAUAAAAGUGUUUUUUCUAAUAUCAUGUAACGUUGAUCGGCGACACACUUCGGAUAUAACAUUCAAGCGCGUAGUAGAGCACUGACACGCGGGAAGAAAGCGCGGAAACAGUCAAGAACAGGAGGAUUGUCUGCCAACAACACAUCCUACCAGUUAGCUAGCAAGUAGCAAGCUAACCUUUCCCCCACACAGUUUACAGAAAGGAUUGAUUCAACCAAUCUCUGAAGAAUGGAGGAAUAUAAGGAGAAUAUUCAAGACAAGGGUGGCAAUGUGAAAUUGUCCUCUAAACCCGAGGAAGAUGACAAGGUUAGUAGCUACUGCUAACUAGCUAGCUUGCUGGAUUGGAGUAGAAAUGGAAGCCAGGGAUAUUUUAAACUAGCUAGGAAGCUACCUACUGAUAUGUGACUAACGUUAACUGUAUAUUCCUUUCUAUAUGUCAAAGUCUUGCAGCAGAGUCAGAGUUUGUAGUAACAUCGGUGAACCCGUCCCUCAAGCAUCUCCUACUCAUGGCGAGUUCAGUGAUCCUGUUUACAAAGAGAUUGCUCUUGCAAAUGGACAUAUCAAUCGCAUGAACAAGGAUGAGCUUCGGGCCAAACUGGCAGAGUUGAAGCUUGACACAAGGUAUGUAGGAACACUUGUUUCAGUAGCUAAGGAAUUGUGCUGUAUGUAAUCACAUACCAGGUUACAACCCUGUAGCUAGUGUAGUGUUUCAGCAGGAGAUGGCUACAAUCAUAAUCCAUUGGAGAUCAGGGGUGUAAUCAUUAGUCCAAACUAAAUCGAGACUUUCUAUUGGACAAAUUCAGGUAAGUCCCUCCCGUUCCGUUUGCUUCCGUUUUAAGAAAAGUUUUGCAACAGAUUCGGCUUCAUGAAUAUACCCCAGGAUCUCUGUGUUAGGAAAUCCCAGAGCUGCUUGACAUGCCACUGAAGAAGAUCCAUUCCACUGAAUAUGUCCCAUGAUUCCAAUUGUGUGCCUGUCUGUCUGUCUGUGUGUGUGUGUGUGUGUGUGUGUGUGUGUGUAGAGGUGUGAAGGAUGUAAUGAAGAAGCGGUUGAAGAACUACUACAAGAAACAGAAGCUGUCGCUGAUGCAGUCUGUGACAGAGGGUGAAGCCACGGAUACCUACUAUGACUACAUCUGCGUGGUGGACUUUGAGGCAACAUGUGAACAGGACAACCCCGCUGACUUCACUCAUGAAAUCAUUGAGUUCCCAAUGGUCCUGCUCAACACGCACACUUUAGAGAUUGUGAGUGGGCGAGGAGGGGACAUUGUUAGAAUCAAUGCAUUUUAAGGCUUGUGUGUACGAUCAUACAGGUCAUAGAUGUAUGGACCUUUGAUUUCACAUUAGUUGUUGAUGCAAAUAAUACACACAUCUUUUGGUAUCAUGAAUGACACUGAAUUUACUUGUAGGAGGACACCUUUCAGGAAUAUGUCAGACCAGAAGUCAACACACAGCUGUCAGAGUUCUGCAUAAAGUUGACAGGGAUAACACAGGUGAGACACAGGCAUAGACGUUGAACUAUCUUGAAGGACUUGAAUAGUAUGAUUCAAAAUACUUCACACAAUGUAACGUUCAUAUAAGAGUUUCUAACUGCUUUUUUUUCGGCCCAGAAAAUGGUGGAUGAAGCAGACACGUUCCCUGAUGUCCUUAAGCGGGUGGUGCUUUGGCUUCGGGAGAAAGAGCUUGGCACAAAAUACAAAUACACCAUUCUUACAGACGGGUACGUCAGUGUGCGCAGAGGGUACUAACACUGCUUUGGUAUACUAAUGAUAACGCUAGCAAGAUAUUAAGUGUUCUCAUUAGUAUACAACUAUGUGCUUUUGUUAUAUCCACAGAUCUUGGGACAUGAGCAAGUUCAUGAACACCCAGUGCCGUUUAAAUCGGCUCAGAUAUCCACAGUUUGCAAAGAAGUGGAUCAACAUCAAAAAAUUAUACGGGAACUUCUAUAAGGUUUGUUUUUUUUAAUGAUAUGAAAUUAGCUGAAAUAUCUCUCUUAAUGUAGAAGCAUGUAAGACAUUCGUUAGAUACAGUAUGUUGAGUAGAAAGCAAUCGAGAGAGUAGAAUAGAAUCUUCCCUUUUCCACAGGUCCCUCGCACCCAGACCAAGCUGAGCAGCAUUAGAAUCUUCCCUUUUCCACAGGUCCCUCGCACCCAGACCAAGCUGAGCAGCAUUAGAAUCUUCCCUUUUCCACAGGUCCCUCGCACCCAGACCAAGCUGAGCAGCAUUAGAAUCUUCCCUUUUCCACAGGUCCCUCGCACCCAGACCAAGCUGAGCAGCAUUAAUCUUCCCUUUUCCACAGGUCCCUCGUACCCAGACCAAGCUGAGCAGCAUUAAUCUUCCCUUUUCCACAGGUCCCUCGUACCCAGACCAAACUGAGCAGCAUUAAUCUUCCCUUUUCCACAGGUCCCUCGUACCCAGACCAAGCUGAGCAGCAUGCUGGAGAAGCUGGGACUUCAAUACGAGGGCCGCCCUCACUCUGGCCUGGAUGACUCGCGCAACAUCGCCCGCGUUGCGCUGCGCAUGCUGCAGGACGGCUGCCAACUGCGCAUCAACGAGCGCAUGCACGAAGGACAUCUGCGGACUGUGCCCAGCUCUGCCCCUUUGGAAGGAGCACCACCCCCACAUACCCCCCGCAGCAGAGACUAGCCCUCGGCUCCGCAUCCCCUGGCUCUGAGACUUCUGCAUUGAGGCCUUCAAGCAGGCAUCCCAUGUCUGUUUUACCCCCAUGGCUUAAAAAUCAUAGCACUUUUCCCACUCAAUCUAAGAGUCCGUUUUUUUUUUUCCCAAAUUGUGGGACUGUGUGGAUACAGUUGUUUAAUUGGACUAGUUGUGCCACUUACCACAAUUCUAAUUUUGUUGCUGCCUUUUGACAGCCUCUGUAGAUUUUUACAGUAGGACUAAGACAUUGUCUGCUAAGGAUUUUCUUUAACGAAUGAUUUUUAAUUUGGUUCGUCUUUCAUAUUGUCUGAAAACAAAAACAACCUGCUGCUAACCCUCAGGCUGUGUUUAUACAGGCAGCCCACUUUGGAUAUUUUGCCACUAAUUAACCAUUUGACCAAUCAGAUCAGAUCUUU